GGAUGCAUCUAUGCCUGCAUACCUGCCGAAACAAACCGUCACUCGUGGAAGUACAGUAGAAAUCAAGGCUACGGACGACGCCGGUACGAAGUAUCGUUGGUGCGUAUUGGGCAUUUGGAAUGCCGCUCACGGCUAUCUAAAUCCAAGGCUGUUACAAGUACUUAACUAUAGCAAGAAAAAUCAAGCGAAGGUAAUGCCUGACACCGGGUAUGAAAGCAGGGUUUCAUUCUUUGGAGAUUUGGACGUUGGCAAAGCGUGGUUCAGGGUAACUGAUGUGAAAGAAGAAGAAAGUAAACUAUAUGGAAUUCGCUGUUAUAGUGACCAGCGGAAGGUUUAUUAUCCAGUGAUCAAGAUGAAACUGAAGGUCUUGCCCGCUGAAAAGGAGUGGGAACCACUGGGUUGCUACGAAGAUAGCAGUGAUCGCGCCUUGUCGUUUUAUCACGGACAAAUCAACUUUGAUGAUUCACCAGGAGGUUUCAAAAGAAUGUUUGAAGAGUGCAAAAAAAAAAAAGCAGAGGAUAAAGGGUUUGAAUACUUUGGAAUACAGCACAAGACAGAAUGCUGGGCAUCGCCAAAAAAUGAAGAAAUAACCUACAACCUGCACGGUUGUAAAAACAACUGCUGGCGUCACGAUGAUGGUUUUGGGGUUGGAUCCCAUUGGUCCAACUUUGUCUAUCGCCUUAAAAAAGAUUGGAGCAGUUGCAAAGAUGGAUUCCAGUACAAACUUGUAGCCAAACAAGAUACAUGCUACGAAUGCCCUCCCUACAACGUUAAAAUAGAAAAGUCUGAAACUAAAAGAGAAUGCUAAAUGUCCAG